AAUUGCUUCACGUUUACAAUUUUGCCUUGGCAGUAACGUAAAACUGUGUAAAAAGUCCACAGCGACAGCUCUCGCAAUGCGCUCUGGCCCCAUGGCAGCAUUUAGCGAUUCUAGCUUAUAGGCUGAAUCAUGAUUAGCUAGAGAUUACUAGGACAGGGAAACAAACCGUGGCUCGCACCCCAUGCUCAAUAAGUCCAGCGCCGCGCUCGGCUGCGACCGCAAAGGUCGUCUAGCAGGGCGAUGCUUUGUACCAAAGCUGCAGCCCGCUCGCCUCGGGCUGGCGCCGUUGCCGUUGCUGGGCGUGACGAGCUCGCCAGACACGACCGCGCGUCUUCUGCGCCCCGCCCUGCUGUCCCGCGUGCCCCGCUCGUUACCCGAAGUCGUCACUGCCGCAAAGGCCAGGGCUGCUCGAGCCAAGCGCGGCUCCAGCAGCUCGUCUAAGACUGCGGAUGGCCGCCACGGACCGCGGCGCGGCAGUGGCAGCAGCACGUUAAAGCUGCCCCCCUCGUUCCUGCCCUCGCCGGAGCAGGCCCGUGCCAUCGCCACAGUGUUGUCCGGCCGCAACCUGUUCCUGACGGGCUGCGCCGGCACAGGCAAAUCCGCCACGCUGCUGGCCCUGCGCGCCCACCUGGCCGGCAGGUACGGCGGCGAGUACGACAGGCGGGUGGCGGUUGUGGCCAUGACGGGGCUGGCGGCAACCAUCGUGGGAGGCAUCACCAUCCACAGCCUUCUGAAGCUGCGGCGGGUCGAUUCGUUCCGCGACCUUGAGCGCAUGGUCAACGACCCCACGGUGCUGUCCCAGCUGUUGGAGCUGCGCACCCUCAUCCUGGACGAGGCGGGCAUGAUGAGCGCCGAGCUGAUGCAGGCUCUGGACUGCUACCUCACCUGCGCAAGGAAGAAGGCGGCGGAAGAGGAGGCGAGCCGGAACAAGCUCAAGGGGGAAGCCAGGGAGGCAUUCCUGGCGCGGUUCGAUCAGCCCUUCGGCGGCCUGCAGAUCAUCCUGUCGGGCGACUUCUUCCAGCUGGCGCCCAUCGAGAACAAGGACCCCGUGGGCCACACACACGCCACGUACCGCCCCCCGACACCCUCCGACCAACCCUUCCGCAACCGGGGCUUCAUGUUCCAGGCGCCCGUGUUCCAGUACGGCGGCUUCACGCUGGUGGAACUGACCAAGGUGUACCGGCAAGACGAGGUGGCGUUCGUGGACCUGCUGAACGCGGUGCGGUGCGGCCAGGAGGCGGCGUGCGCCGAGGCCAAGAGGCAGCUGCUGGCGCAGUGCGCGGCGCCGCUGGACGAGAGCGACGGCAUCAAGCCCACACUGCUCUACUCCAAGAACGCUGACGUCGGGCAGAAGAACGAGGAAGAGCUGCAGCAGCUGCCCGGCAAGCCGGUGGUGUUGGAUGCGCUGGAUGCGGUGCGCGUCACGCACGAUCCGCCGCUGUCGGUGUACCAGCCGCUGCGGCAGGAGGGGCUGGUGGGUGACGGCGCGUGGGAGGGGCUGGCGGCGGCGCUGGAGGCGGCGGAGUCUGACCACCUGGUGACGCUGGCCGCGCACCUCCGGUCCAACGCCGCGGCGCUGCGGCGUGCCAAGGAGCUGCGGGCGGCGUGGCAGCGGCACGCGCGUGACCACCUACGCACCGUGGCCAAUGGCGGAGGCGGGCUCUUCAGGGAGUGCCAGGCGGCGGACAAGGUGCAGCUCAAGGUGGGCGCCCAGGUGAUGCUGGUGUGGAACGUGGACACGGAGCAGGGGCUGGUCAACGGCAGCCGCGGCGUCGUGGAGCGCUUCGAGGUGGCGGGCGAGGGCGACAUCAGCCGCGCCGUGGCCAGGUCGGGCGGCGCCGACCAGGUGGACUGCGGGCCGGAGCUGCGCGAGUGGUUCCAGCUCAACGGCCAGGUGCCGGUGGUGCGUCUCACGAACGGCUCGGAGGUGUCGGUGCUGCCGGUGGCCUUCACCUCCAAUGUGCCGGGCUACGGCGCCUGCGUGCGCGUGCAGGUGCCGCUCAAGUUGGCGUGGGCCAUCACGGUGCACAAGAGCCAGGGCAUGACGCUGGACAAGGCGGUGGUGAACCUGCGUGACUUCUUCGGCCACGGCAUGUUGUACACGGCCCUCAGCCGCUCGCGGGGCGUCAAGGGCCUCCAGAUCACCGGGGACAGCUCCCGCCGGAUGGACGCGCGCGUGAUGAGGUGGUGGGAGGCGCACCGCGCGGGCCGCCUGUACGUCAACCCCGACGCCCGCCCCGACAGCCAGGGCCCCUGGUGCUGGCGCGACCCGCUGCAGCCCUGCAGCAAGCCGCAGAACGCGGCGGCGCGGCUGUGGUGGGAGCUGGGGCCGGAGCGGUACCACGAGGCCACGCGGCAGGAGCGGGAGCGGCAGGAGGCGGAGGUGCGCGCGGCGGAGGCGGCCGUGGCUGCAGAGGCGGCUGCGGCAGUGGCGGAGGCGGCGAAAGCGGCGGAGGCGGCGAAAGCGGCGGAGGUGGCAGCGGCGGAGGCAGGGGCAGAGCCGGAAUCAGAGGUGGUUGUGGAGGUGCAGGAGCUGUUGCCGCAUGAGCAGGCAGCUGCAACAACGCUAGAGGUGUUCACGGAUGCGGCACCUGCCGAGGUGGCGGCUGAGUUGCCGCCGGCCGUCGUUGCAGCGGGCAGCCUGCUUGGCGCGCGUGUGGCGUCAGGGAUGGAGCCUGUGGCAACGGCAGCUGACGUGGUGCCGCCAUCAACAGUGGCUGCGGCAACAGCCGUGGCGCCACCGGACGCGGCUGUGGCUGCGGCUGCGCCGCCCGCUGUGGUUGGGAGUCCGUGGCGUCAGCGGCUGCGGCGGCAGCGGCAGCUGCUUGGUGGGGUGGAGUCGGAGUUGCAGCUGCUGGUCACGCGGCGGGGGGCUGUGCGCAAGGACGAGCUGGCGGGGCCGCUGCGGCGGCUGGCGGAGCUGCGGGCGGAGAUGCUGGCGCUUGAGGAGGAGGAGGAGGAGGAGGAGGAGGAGGAGGCUGCUUAGGGCGUAGGCGUAAAGGCGUGAAGGCGCGUGGCUGUAAUGGGUUGGGUAUGGGGGCGGUGUGGAGGCUGUGGGGGAGGGGCCAGCAGCGUGGGCACCGGGAGGUGAGUGAAGAGAGAGGCAUGAGGGAGGGGAGAGAACUAGAGAAGGAUUGUGAAGAGUGGUGGGUGAAAAACCGUGCGGAGUGUGUUGGGUGCAUGUUCAAGUGCUGGGGUGAACGUAUUUCAAGAGGAAGGGGGCGUUCCGUUUGGAACGGACAGUGGAGCCCAAGGUGGUGCCCAUGAGGUAGGGUCUAUGGUGUCAGGACAAUGGUCCGGUGUUGUGCCGCCCGUGUGGAGGCCUGGACGGCAAACACGACGUCGUGUUCGAAAGACUGGGAGGUUGGGCACAGAGGCUGGGCGUUUGAAACAAGAUGAACUAAAACAUUCCCCAGCACCCAGGUCAAGAGGGACCAUCUCCGGCUCGGUUGGCAGGACUUCGGUGAGACUGCUGACCCCAGGGUCGUCUGCGCAAGCACCCAGCCUGCAGGCGCCGAGGCGCUCAAGUUGAUCCUAUUGCCACGAGUAUGCUCUCAAAUGUACAGGUCCGUGACCCAAGCGAGGUAAAUCGCAAGCCCGGAGCGGUUGUUGCGGUUUUGUUGCUCUGCAAGGCCGUGCAAUUUUUUUCCUCCAGCAUUGCAGGGAGGGAGCGCUACCUGUGCCAUGCCGAAAAUAACGAGUU